UUAUUGGCGUAUGAUAGAAUCGGACGCAGCGACCAUUAUAAAAGAGAUGAAGGGCUUGCACCCUGUCAGUAUCUGAGGCGACGCUACGCUGGGAUAGACUUACUCUGCCGCUGUUUUUGCUGCUGCAACAACCAGUAUUUAAAGUCGAAAGCACAGGUGAGUAACGUAGAAACCACCACCACAACCACCACCUCCACUACCACUGCCAAUACUUCGAGUCCAGCCAGCCUUGUCAAAAUGGAAGAGAAGUGUGGAUGGGAGACAGGACCGAACAGAGAGCAGCACGAGACAUUUCUCAAGGCGGUGCUGGAUAUGCUCCUGGAGAAAGCCGUGUUUGAGGGGACAAAUCGGAAGAACAAGCUGGUGGAGUGGCAAGACCCGGAGGAGCUGAAGCAGAAGAUGAGCCUGGCAGUGCGAGAAGAGGGAAUGACGCACGGGGAGCUGCUCGCCUUGAUGCAACAGGUGGUCAAGUACAGCGUGAAGACUGGGCACCCUUACUUCAUCAAUCAGCUGUACUCGGGGCUGGACGUGUACGGGCUAGUGGGCCAGUGGGUGACUGACGCGCUGAACCCUUCCGUCUACACCUAUGAAGUGGCGCCUGUCUUCACUCUUAUGGAGAUUGAGGUGCUGUCCGCCAUGGCCUCGCUGGUGGGGUUCGAACAGCAUGACGGUCUCUUCUCUCCGGGUGGUUCCAUCUCCAACAUGUAUGGGAUGCUGCUGGCGAGGUACCGCGCAUUUCCCGAGAUCAAGAGCAAAGGCUGUAGUGAACUGGGUCGUCUGGUGGCCCUCACAUCCAUAGACGCCCAUUACUCCCUGAAGAAAGCUUCGAUGACCCUCGGAAUUGGUAGCGACAAUCUCGUCCUUGUCAACACUGAUGCGGUGGGAAGGAUGGACGUGAAUCACUUGAAGCAUUGCAUCGAAGAGGAGAAGAAGAAGAAAUCUACUAUCAUCAUGGUGUGCGCAACUGCAGGCACAACAGUCCUAGGCGCGUACGAUCCAGUUUCGGCGAUUGCGGAUGUGUGUGAGAAGGAAGGCAUCUGGCUUCACGUGGACGCUGCCUGGGGUGGUGGUGCUCUCAUCAGCCCAGCGCUCAGGCAUAAAAUCCGCGGAAUACACAGAGCGGACAGUGUGACGUGGAAUCCUCACAAAUUGCUGGUGGCGCCUCAGCAGUGCUCCGUCUUCCUUACUCGACACCCUGGGCUCCUCAAGGCGUGCAACUCUGCCUCCGCUGCUUACUUGUUCCAGAAGCAUGGACAGUUCCACGAAGGAACUAAUUAUGCUGGGGUAUGUGGUAUGAGAUACCACUUACUGAGGGCUCUUGUCGUCGACCAGUUUCUACUACCAGAGCCCAAACCAAAACGGAAGCGAAGGGCCUGGGUGUGGCCCUACCUCCAGAAAAGACUGAGGUAUGGACACUACGACACCCUCAUGGACGAAUUGUAUAAGGAGAACCCAGACCUGUACAAGAAUUACACCAGGAUGGACAGGGAGCUCUUUGACAGCAUCGUCGAGGCCGUGACCCCAAUCAUCGAGAGGAAGACUAGUAGAUGGCGGAAACCCAUCGACCCUAGCACACGGGUUGCCAUCACCCUGCGUUACCUUGCCACAGGGGACUCCUACAAAUCCCUACAGUAUGCAUUUCGUGUGGCACAUAACACCAUAUGUGGCAUUGUUCCUGACACCUGCAACGCCAUUGUUCCGGCCUUUGCACACACGCUCCUCCGUCUCCCGCCACACCUGAAGAGUGGCUACAGGUCUCAAGGAUUUCGAACAGAAAUGGCACCUCCUCACUGCAUAGGCUCUCUGGAUGGCAAGCAUAUCCGUAUACGGGUGGUAGAGCGGGGUGAGAGAGCCGACUGGCGUGAACAUGUCGCCUGUGACGGUUGGCGGGAGCGCCGGUGCUGCUCUCUACAUACGUCAUCACAGUUCCCGCCGCCCUUGCCGCCCCUCGCGGCCCGCAAGGGGGCGAUGGUGCAACGAUAG